UCUGGAAAUGUGUGGUUACUACCCUGGCAGUUCCCCGGGCACACAAGUCUAACCGAUCGCUCGGUACAGAUGAUUUGUUUAAGCUUCCUAACAACAAUUUUAUGGCCAAAUUCACGAUGUUUCGGGGGCGAAGGCUCACCACAUACAGUGGUAAGACUACUACGAUCCACUGUCGACGACGGACCGACGCGUGCUUGGCAGAUACAGCACUGUUCUAGGGCAGCUUCGCUGAUAGCUGGCGUUUAAUAUAUAUCUUGUGUGGGAUAGCUGCCUUUUAUCUAGCUUUCCCAUCAGUUUAAUUGCAUCACUAACGAAGUUCAUUCCGUCUCUUUCGUUUGUUUCAUCAUGGACCUCGCACGUUAUUUCAGUUUACGGCGGAAGACUACCGACAGUCACGGCAGUGCGCAUACAGGACACAGGAACAGGCGGACUUACCUGCCCCUCCUCGCAAAUCCCAUCAACGAGGAUGUCCUCGAAGUAGUGACGAACAAUUCCACAGACCUAGAAAAGACCAAUACUCACACCAGCACGUUCGACAGUUCGAAUGAUACGACCACACUUGCCGGAAACGGCAGGACAAGCCGCGGAAACAUCAUCAUUUACAAGCAACAUACAGAGGCUAGCACGAUAGAGCUUUUCUACGACCUCUUUUUCGUUGCCAACCUUGCAUACUUCACGGCUAUGCAUCAACACACUGAUGCAGAGUCACUCAUUAACUACCUCAAACUUUUCACUCUGAUGUGGUUUACUUGGCUGAGCGUCACACUAUUCGACGUGCGGUUCAGUAUCGACUGUGUGUGGAAUCGGUUUCACAAAGCCAUACAGUUCGGCAUCUUCACUGGCUUUGUGUAUGCCGGUCCGGUCUUCGACAAGUACAGCACCAGUGGCGUUGAGAAGUCAUACCGGAACUUUGCCAUUGUACUCGUCAUCGGUAGAAUUGCGAUCGCUGUACAAUACGCUGUGGUUAUGUGGCAGGGUCGCAUGUUCCGUCAGACGUUGAUUCCUUUAGGUCUGAGCGCUGGCGUGCAUGCCGCGGCAGCAAUAGGCUAUGCCAUCACUAUGGUUGUCUUUCCUAGGGGUCGUGUUGGUCUUGAAGAGCAACUCGCAUGGGUGAUCAUAUCCAUUGUUGAAGGUCUUCUAAUCUUUCUCAUCGCUAUGAUAUGGCGGAUCAUCAGUUUCAAGUAUACCCAUCUAACGGAGCGGUUACAACUGCUUACCCUCAUCAUCAUCGGAGAAGGAAUCAUCGGGAUGGUGAAGAGCGUAGCAUGCAUUACGAAAGGUCAGACGAGCAAUAACAUGAGUGAGAUCGGAACCGUCAUUGCAGCUGUGCUUCUCUUGUACCUUUUGUGGAUGCUGUAUUUCGACCAGCUUUCUCACGAUCGCUUCGGAACUCUACGACAACAAGUGUGGGCUCUCUUACAUUAUCCGUUGCACUCAGCAAUUCUCUUAUGUGUCGAAGGCAACACGUCGCUGAUCGUAUGGAACUCUGCCGUCCAAGCUCUCAGAUGGAUAUGGUCCUUAAAGCCAAACGAUUAUUCCAAACCGGCGGAUGGCUACUCUAACACCACUAGCUAUAUUGACUACCUCAAUCAGAGCAUGAUUGUAGUCAACGGUAGAUUCAAGAGCAAAUACUGGAACACAACAUACAACUGGAACACCAACUUCACUGCUAUCGAGAACUACACUGCAACGUAUGGAUUCAAAUCGGACGAGUGGAACAACCGCACCGGCGACGUCGUUCGUUACAUGUUCGACAGGGCGCAAGUCUUUGUGUAUGAGGCACAUGCCGAUUCUCUAGCAAAACUCAACGCUGUGACAUCAACUACGACGAGUCCACGAGUCAAGCUGGACGCGGUAUCUGAUGUUUUCAACACCACUACAAUGCAGUUCUUCAUUGGUGCUGGCUGUGUAUUGCUGGUAUUGGCCAUCAUGUAUUGGUUCAACAAGAUACACAAGACGAAAUACGAAUUCGGCGAGAUCAUCAACAGAGUCGUCGUUGGCUUCACGCUCAUCAUUCUGGGAGUGUCUACUGUCAUUGCCGACAAGACAACCAACGGUUUCAAGUUCAAAGGGAGCCAUUGGAUAAUCCCAAUAGUGGUGCUGUUCUUCGCUGGUGUACUGUUCCUUGAUAAUAUCCUCUUAGUUGUCACACACUACACGAGCCGCCAUCCACGCCACUCACAUCACCGUGAUGUCUCGUGGGGUAACAGAUCUCUGGCCGGCGACAGCGAUAACGAAACUGGUGGCCUCAUAUCAAAGUAUCCUAGCCGCGCACCAAGCCCCGGUGGCAUGCCCAAGAGCGCACCUCGUAGCAGAGGCCAUACACCAGCGCCUUCUUUGAACAGAGUCCACACCGCAUAUACGCCAUACUCAGACUCGCCGCCCCAGCCACGCGACUUCGCUGCAGGCCCAUCAAAUGGCAAGACUAGGGUGCCGAGUCAUAGUCCUGGUCCAGCUUUUGGGAGUGAUGUUACUCUUCGAGACGAAGGGAACUACAAUGGACGAGGCAAAGGCAGAGCUAACAUGGGAGACUUUUCGUACGAGAACACGCCUACCAGUGCUUUGCCUGACGGUCAAGGACUCGGCAUCGGCAUUGCGGUCCAUCGAGCUAGCACUCCAAGCCUCUACAGCGAUGCCGACAAGAACGGUAAUUUGAGCAGAAAACCAAGCAAGAACAAUUUGAAGGAGAAGGCCAGUUGGAAGAGCUUGGGUGUCAUGAAUGAACAUGACUAUGAGGGUAAAGGGUAUGGUGAUGCAGGAUUGCAAGAACCGACACGCGCAAGGACGGUCAGUUUUGGGGAUCAUGGAAAUUCUAUUUGAUCGCUUGUAGACAAAGCAUACGUUGCGCAUUUUGGGCGGAUGGUUUGAAGUUUUAGCGCGCAUUCUGUCGGUGUUUUGUUUUGUUCUUUCAACAUUCGGCUCCAGUGCCUAGAUGCCUGGGCCAAUGCAGCCUGGACGGCUUCACGAUUGUUUUUGAAUAGAAAGCGUAGACAGGUGACCACCUUGAGAUUCACCAUUUCCAUGCGAUCGAGGCUUUCGGUCGUAAAGCUCGUAACUCUUCCCCAAUCAUUUCGUUCCAUCUCUUCCUAGUGUCACGAAGCUUUCCCAG